AUGAUUAUUAAAACAACAGAACUUUAUAUUUAUUUAUGUAACAAAGAUAAAUAUCCAAGUGAAUUGUUUAAUUUUAAAAUAAAACCAAAUCCACCUGCUCAUUUACCUCCACAACAUGUAAUUAUAUUAAAAUGGGUAAAAAAUUCAAUAGUUGACAAUGAUAUUAGAGAAGAAUUGAAUAUGACUUAUAAAAGUAUUCAUUCUAUUUCAACUAUGAAUGGUACUUUAAAUGAUAGAACAAGACAUGUAAAAAUCGAAUUAUUCGAUAAAACCGACUAUGAAUUAAUUUUAAACAACAAAAAAAUUAGUUUAAUGGGUCAAAUGUUCGAUGUGGAUGAAUUUCUUCCUGCACCUAGGAUUCUUAUAUGUGGAAGAUGCAAUAAACCAGGGCAUACAAAAAGAAGUUGUCAAAAUUCAACCUUUGACAUCUGUCGUCGCUGUGGUGGUGAUCGUUCAAAUGCUGAAGCACAUAAUGAUUGUCAAAUUAAGUGUCACCAUUGGGGUGGUCAACAUAUUUCAACUAAUUAUAAAUGCCCUUUAAUGGAGGAAUUUCGACGUGAACUAAUAAAUGAACUUAAAAAACAUUCGGAAAAGCUUCCCCAUCACAUACAACUUUUUAUUCCAACUGAAUAUCGGAAUAAAGAAGAUAAAACAAAAUAUAUUCAAAACACCUCAUCUUAUCAACAAAAAGAACAAAAUAUUGAUAUAAACAAUCAAAGUAUUUGGCCAACUCUUACAUAUACUUCACAGGAUAUGAAUAAUCCAAUGAAUAUUAAUUUACGUGAAUCAGUGCGGUUAUUAAAUAAUGAAUUACAAGAAAUGAAGAAAAAAUAUGAAAAUGAUUUACAAAAAUUGAAAGAUAAAUAUAAGGAACAUCUUGAUACUUUAAACCAGACAUGGUUAAUUAUGCAUCAACAACAUCACACGUUUCAACAAAUGUUAACUGUAAUAAACAAUAACAUGAAACAAGUUAUGUUCGUUACGUGUUUAAAAACAACAAAGACAAUUUAUGAAGCAUUAAAUAAAAUUAAAACGAACAACAAUGAUUACAAUGAAGCUAUUCAACAAUUAGUAAAUCAAAUUGAAUAUUUACAAGAAGCUGAAUCUGUUUUUACUACACACAUCAAUUCAUUACAACAACUCGUUGAUAAACAAAAUGAAAUUUUAAAUAAAGCACUUGAUUCAUUAUUUAAAGACCCAAAUGUUUAG